AUGGACAGCUUCGUCGUCGAGGCUUGGAUCAACGACGUCACCAUGGCUAAUGCACAACCCGACACGCCGAGUCCCUCGAAACGCGCACGAAGGAGCCACCAUGCCGACGACGAAAUCGCCUUCUUUGACCUCGAUAAGACGCCUGUGCGCCCACCACAGAUGAGCGCUGCGGCGGGGAGCUCCACGAGGUCGGCGUCUUCAUUCCCGAGCGCGCUUGCCAGCAGGCCAGCCUUUUCUGCGCAGCCCUCAGGCGAGACGUCGCACUCGGAUGCGGCUCCACGCUCCCGAAGCACCUCACCCACCAAGCGCUUCCAGAAGACAGAGAGCUUGCUCGGCCUCGCGGUACCCAUCCAGUUUAUCAAGAAGCAGACGCUUGUGGCCGCUGUGCCCGAUGACGUCCGACCACUUCUCGAGGCGCUGUCCGCUGUCGAGGCUGGAGAGGCGCUGCUGCCGGCGGCCCUGCGGUCGCACCCCGACUUUCAAAACGACCCGCGGAUCCGGCGACACACAUGGUCCGACGAGACACAACCGGCGAGCGCCGCCGCCGCCGAAUACGCCGCGGCGCUGCACAACCACGAGCAGCUUCGCCGCAUCGUCGGCAAGUCGAUUGCCUCGGCCAACAAGCACCGGUCCGAAGCCGGCUGGAACAAUCUCGUCCACACGCCCCUCCUCGAGCACGCCACUCUGCACAUGCCUCACCUCGAGGUCGAGCCCAUCACCUCGGCGCAAAUCAUGCCCGCCUUCCGCCCGCUGCUGAUCUCGGGCGAGCAGGUUCCGCUACCGUCAUCGGAAACUAGCGCCGCUGGCAGCAGCGUAUCGGGGCGCAGCGGACUUGCCACGUCAAUACGCCGUGGCGCCGCCAUGACGACAUCGGUCCAUAAGAUGGUCGAUUACGCGCUGGUACUCCGCCCCUCGGACGCCCUACAGGCGCUGAUUGACCGCUUCCUCGAGGGCGAGCCUUGGGAGAAGCAGUCGAUCAACCAGACGCGCUACGAGCCGCUGCGCGCGCAGCCUGCGCCCGUCUUCAUCGAAACUAAAACCACGUCAGGCACACAGGACAGCGCCAAUGUGCAGCUGGGUAUCUGGGUCGCGGCCUGGCACAAGCGCAUACGCACCGUGGCGUCGCAGGCCGGAACCGAGGAGAGGCUGUUGACGCUGCCGGUGGUUCAGGUUAUCGGCGGCGUGUGGUCGGUGCUCUAUGUAGUGGACGACGGCACGCAUAUACGCGUGCUUGAUGAUGACUGCCGCAUCGGCAACACGAACAACAUUUUGGGCAUUUACCAGCUGCAGGCAUCUAUCGCGGCGCUGGGUCGCUGGGUCGAAGAUACGUUCACUCCGUGGGUCACGGAUCUGCUGACACGCGCCGUGGAGAACCGCGCGUGA